GAGACUGAACCCAGAUGGACCAAUCAGAGGGCUCCUCAGAAACAUCCAACGCUUUAAGUUCUGAUCAGAUGAAGCAGAUUAAAUAUGGAUAAACCACAGGAAACAAAACAAUAACUGAACAUUUGAAUUCCUGCCAUAAAGAGAUGAACUGAGCUGAGCUCCCAGUCUAACCAGUCUGUCCCUGUCCUCCCAGUCUGGUGUCGUCUCUGCAGGCUGUCAUGGCCUCGUCGGCUGGUUGGAUCAUCGCUUCGUCCUGCAGGGACAUCAUGGAGGACAGACACUGGCUCACAGAGUCCUACAUCCUGUUCGCCACGCCCUACUUCGCCUACGACAUCUUCGCCAUGUUCCUGUGCUACUGGUACAAGCUGCAGGUCAAAGGUCACCAGGAGGCGGUGCCAAACAGCAACUCGCUGCGGGCGGCGCUGUGGGGUUUCAUGCGCAGGGAGGUGCUGAUGGUUCUGCAUCACGUCUUCAUGGUUGCCUUCUGCUGCCCUGCUUCUCUGCUGUGGCGCCGGGGUAAAGGGGAUUACUUCCAGGGAGUCCUGUUCCUGGCUGAACUCAGCACGCCCUCCGUCUGUCUGGGAAAAGUUCUGAUCCAGUACCAGAAGCAGAACUCGGUGCUGCACAAAGUGAACGGAGUCUUCAUGCUGCUCAGCUUCUUCAGCUGCAGGGUGCUGCUCUUCCCGUACCUCUACUUGGCCUACAGCAGGUACGCCUCCAUCCCUCUGUACCAGGUGCCCCUGGUGGCCCCCUGGCAGUGUAACCUGGGGGCCGCCCUGCUGUGGCCCCUGCAGCUCUACUGGUUCACUCUGAUCUGCAGAGGAGCUCUGAGGCAGUCCAAACGGUACCAGAACCCAGCAGAACCGGCAGACCGCAGCUCCAGGAAGCAGCCAGGUGGACGCUGAAGAAGGACCAGGAGCCGGUGGACGG